CAUGAAGCUUCUUGGGCUCGCUUUAGUUUUUCUAUUAGCUGCUGCGAGUUGUAAAGCUGAUGAAGAAAUUACUUGCGAAGAGAACGAACCAUUCCCAUGUAGUAAUAACACUAGAUCAAAAAAAAAAGAUUUCAUCUUUGGUGUUGCAUCUUCUGCUUGCCAGAUCGAAGGAGGGAGAGGUCGCGGUGUUAAUCUUUGGGAUGGCUUCAGUCACCAAUAUCCAGAGAAAGCUGGGUCAGAUUUGAAGAAUGGAGACACUACUUGUCAGUCAUAUACGAGAUGGCAGAAAGAUGUAGACGUGAUGGGCGAACUCAAUGCUACUGGCUACAGAUUCUCCUUUGCGUGGUCAAGAAUCAUUCCAA